AUGGGUGGCAGUGACCAAAAAGCUAACUACGAGGAACAGAUAAACAAGGCAAAUUCAGAUUCAGAUUUUCUACCACUAUUACACUGGAUGGCCUCUGGACUCCCAACCCAAAAGCAGCAGCCGCAAAACUCAAGUCUUAUCCCGGCCUCUCCUAAUUGGGUGCUCGUGGCCGGAGCCCAAAACGCCACCCACAGUCCCCGAGCAGGGUCCGGUCGCCCAGACCACUGCCACAGCAGCCUGGCUCUCACGCCCAGAUUGGCCCCUCCGCCCUUUUCCUCUUUCGCCCCAGCCAAGCCCAGCCUCCCGCGCCGCCCCCGUCGAGUUCCCCAGCUGAGUCCACUCACUGUCGAACCUGUAGUCCCCCUUCAGUGCCCACAGAAGAUUGGGGCAAAGGCCGAGGCCAGUGACACCGCCACUUCCUCCUCAGCCAGAUCCCUCCAGAGGUGGCUGUGGAAGCUGCCACUGAGGCGGCUGCGCGUAGCAGAGCCGCCCUGGCAGGUUGCAGGCCGGUUCCUCAGCCUCUUCUCGCGAGAGCGCGCAAUCCGAAGAGGCGAGGCCAGCCGCGUUCUCGCGAGAACUGUGCUCUCCGCCCAGGAGUGGGCGGGGUACCGAGGGACAAGGCUGUUGAGGGAGUGGCGGCCUCCGGUGGGAUCUCAGCCUGUGGGCUGGCGGCGCGGAGAGGAAGGCGCAGCGCGACCUCUCCUCACAGACAUCAGCGUGGGUCAACCGCGAGCCUGGAUCCCGAGUGGCUGAGGGCUGUUACCUUCAAACCUUUGAAAUCCACGUUUUCCCAUUGACUUCCUGUCACCGUUAGAGAAAAGCGGACAGUGUCUCGGUCACAGAGUGGGAGAAAUAUCUCAGGGACUCUUCAGGGAAAGCGUUUUCCUCAUCAAAGCAAACUCCAAAAUCGCUUCUGCCGGCGUGGACCAGCUGGAACCGAUGAGAGUCGGUAGUCGUGAGGGACACCCUCUGUUCCGUAGCGUACCCCGCUGCUUAUUUUUAAACGCUCGGGUUGGCGGGAACCCGUAUGCCAGCUGAAACUCCUUCAGUUUGGCUGCCUAGGAAACAUCGAGAGUCACCUGCAUGGGCUGGCUGGACAAUAAAAACGGGAAAAAUUGUAAAAGACACAGUCUCCGCCCUCGAAGCUUACACCCUCGGGGCGAGACCUACAGGAAAGUAGAUAAUCCCAUUAUUCUCUGAUAAAAGCCGAGCUGCUUGCUUGCCUGAGCUCUGGGAGGAGAUAGGGAGUAACCGGCUGUUCCCCGCGGCCUUGUUGAGAAAGCCUUCACCUGGGAGUGACACUUGCGCUGAAUCUUGAGCAUAAGUAAGUUCUUCAGUUUAGGGAAGAGAGGGAAGGGCAUUGCAAGGAGAGGAAGCAAAGAGGAAGAGGAUCUGCUUUGAGUAAUUGGGUAUGAAAACAGAUAUUGGAGCAAGAACUUUGUUGAAAAACCUUUAACCACUGUUUAGUUUGGAUGAGAACAUUCCCAGGCUCCUACCGUGUGAUACGCAAAGUAUUUUCCAAAUCAGUGUUUAUGCUAAGGAGAUGAGCAGUUGAGCUGGACAAUUACAGCUUCAUCUUUGUCCUGUAAGAACCCUUAGAUGUCAGAAAGCUAAGAGAAACAGGUUGUUGUCAUAAUUCACUAAGUUAUUAUAGCCAACAUUUUGCUAAAUUGGAAAUUGCCAAUAAUUUCAAGUUGUCUACAUAAGACCAAUCUAAUAGUAAUUUUGUGAUACAGUUUCUCAGAGAAACUGAGAAAAUUCUCAGGCAAAAAACAAAAACGUCAUCAGUCUUGACUUAUCAAACUUUUCUCCUAUAAGCUCUGCUCAAAAGAAGUCAUUCUGUAGUCCAAGUUAGGGCUAAUGUGGUCCGUCAAACAGGAACCAUUUUCUUAUAUCAAAAUAGAAGCCGUCCUCUUCUAAAGAAAGAGUGGUAUUUUGCUGUAGAGUUUCCACUCACCUUCCUUUAGACACAUUAUUUUCAUAUAAUUACAUAUAAAAUAAUAUGUAUACUAUAUGAAAAAUA